ACUGGGAGCAGACUCUCCGUGAGCGGCAGCGGCAGGAGGAGGAGGAGGAGCACAGCAGCCUGCGCGCAGAUGGAGCGCUGUUUCCAGGCCCGUGUCCGAGGCGAGGCGGAGCCGCUUCCUCCGUGACGCUGUGGUUCGGAUAAAGGUCCAGGCUGAGUGUCACGGGGCUGCGCACGGACAGAAUGGGCUCCCAGACACUGCAGAUCCUGAGGCAGGGGGUCUGGGCUUCCGUCACGGGCGGAUGGUUCUACGACCCCCAUCAGAACACAUUCGUCAACGCGCUCCACCUCUACAUCUGGCUCUUCCUAUUGUGUUUCCCUUUCACUCUUUACAUGGCCCUCCCCCCCACCAUGCUGAUAGUGGGCGUGUACUGUGGAGUGAUCGGUGGUGUAUUUGCGUUGUUGAAGGCGGUGAACUAUCGGCUCCACACAGCACUGGAUGAAGGGGAAGUGAUCAACGCAGAACAGCAAGGAGACACAACACACACACACCCAGACGAGUCCAGCGGUGCUGGGGAUCCUGGUGGAGGAAUCGAGUUAGCUGAUUUUGUCCGAGAGGAAACUCCACCAGUCGCCUGCAGCUCACGCAACUCCUACACAGGCAUGGACUCCAACCUCCAGAUCACUUCCUCUUGUGGAGGUCCAGCCACAGUAAAAGCAGGUGAUGUUGGAAAGGCCUCAGAUGACCUCAGUCUGAGUUUAGCUCCAAGCUGUAGUCAGGAACAAGAUCUGACAUCAGAGCCCAAGAUCUACGGUCUCAUUUCCAACGACUCAUUUGCCUCCAUGCAGCCUUCCACCUCACUGGCUCAGGACCUCUACAGCUCCACCCCUCACCCUUUCAGCCAAUCACUGUCCUCCUGUGACACAGAAAUCCCUGCCCACUCCCAGUCUUUCCGGAAAGAGUCGUCUCGUCCCCGUGGCCUCCCUCGCACUUCGAGCUCGGCCUUUCCGGAUCCUUCCAUCCCAGACUUUGGCCUUUACCCCCCUUCUCGGCGUAGUGGACUUGACCCCGUGUGUGAACUGGACAUGCCCCGGCCCCAGGGGGCGCUACAGAGCAGGGACGCGGCCGUCCCUUCCACUUCAGGACUGGACUGCUGCAAGCACCAUAAAAGGGAACGGCGCAAACUGGCCCGGUCCAUUUCCAGAGAAACAGGGGAGGAAUGUCAGGGUGAAUCUGGACUGUACCAAGUGGAGGGUUUUCAUGGGGGUAUUUCAGGUGGAAGCAGGAGGAAAAGACGAGGAGAAAAAAGCGUAGAAAGUUUGCGAAGCCUGAGUACACGCAGUAGUGGCUCGACGGAGAGUUAUUGCAGUGGGACGGACCGUGACACGCACAGCACGCUAAGCAGUCUGCAUAGUGAACAGACUAGCUCCACCCACGUCGAGAGUCUCAUAUCACUCUCGUUGGACGAGGGUGGGACAACGGAACCUAGCAUAACCUCAGGAGAGGGCAAUAAAAACCCUCAUGCUAACGAAAUUAGCCCAAAGGGAGUUAACACUAAUGAACCCACGACUCCUAAAAACACAUCACAGACCACCAGCCACGAAGGGGAGGAGCUUAGAAAGGAAGAGAGUGGGGUAAGAAAGAGUCCAGAUUCCUCUGCAGACUCCACCCACCUCUGUAAGGAGGUGGAGCAAGAUGAUGCCAAACCCAUAUUAGCCAGUCACUCUGAUGCCAGCCAUAGUGGGCGUCGACGCAGCGCUAAGAAACGAGCUAGCAGUUUCGAUGCUGCCCGUUACCAUGACUACACUUGCUUCCGCAGCAUAGCGAAACCUCGCUCAGCCGUUUUUGCUAAAAACGACGAGGACUCGAGUGACCUGAGUGAGCUCAGCCACACCUCCAGUCUCAACUCUGCCCAUCGGGUGGAGCUGAGCCACACCCCCAGUACGUCCCAAAAGAAAGAGAAGGAAAGAGAGAGGGGGAAGAAGCGAGCGUCUCGGCGUACAGCCAGUACAGGAAGUGCCAAAGUUCAGCUGCGUAAAUGCGCUAAUGAGCCGCAGCACCUGGGGGCGCCGGCCGACCCCCGACCCCUGAGCACCUCCAAAUCCGACCUGGAGGCCAAAGAAGGAGAGGUUCUGGACGCAGCAUCUCUACUGGGCCGAGCCAGUCAGCUGGAGUCCGUCACCCGCUCCAGGAACAGUUUACCCUGUCCAAUCAGCAUCACCGACACACACGACACAGCCAGGGCGGCGGUUAACGAGGACGGUGUGACGUUCAGGCGAGAGCGCAGCACCUUUCGCCGUCAGGCUGUACGGAGACGCCACAACGCUGGGAGCAACACGGCCUCCAUCAUCGCAUCCCCUCUCAGUCUUCAGGAAGCACUCAGUCAGGUGUCCCAGGCUUCCUCGGGGUCUCAGGUUAAAGGUCAGAUGAGCACUAGCGCCUCCCUGCUGGCCAGGAAUGGGAGUGCACACCUGGAGGGUUUUCAGGAUAAAGCGUCCACCGUCGGCCUGCAUGAAGACUUCGGUAAACUGACUCCCUCUCUGUACGAGGUCGGAGGAUGUGAUGUGUCUCUCGUUAACUUUGAACCUGCGACAAGACGAGCAUCCAACAAUGUGUGGGACACAGAUUCUCACCUCUCCAGUUCUACCUCAGUUCGCUUCUACCCUCAUGACUUGAUCCGUCUGAACCGUCUGCUGUCGAUGGACACUGAUCUGUUGGAGCAGGAUGGUGAUGUGAGUCCUGACCUGCAGGAGGCGCCACACAGCUCACACGAGCCGACACACAUACACACUCACACACACUCACACACACACAGCAACACACACAAGACCAAGCAGUACUACCGCUUCUCCCUGCUGCCGUACCUGUGGGUGGGCCUGCGCUUCGACAGACUCACACUGCUCGCACUGUUCGACAGGAACCGUGAGGUUCUAGAGAAUGUUCUGGCUGUGGUUCUGGCGGUGCUGGUGGCUUUCUUGGGUUCUGUUCUGCUCAUUCAUGGCUUCUUCACUGACAUCUGGGUCUUCCAGUUCUGCCUCGUCAUUGCCAGCUGCCAGUACUCACUGUUAAAGAGCGUUCAGCCAGACGCAUCCUCUCCUCGACACGGUCACAAUCGGAUCAUCGCGUACAGCAGGCCUGUGUAUUUCUGUGUGUGUUGUGUUCUGAUCUGUGUGUUUCACUACGGCAGUGUGCGCUCCAGUUCAAACACACACACACUGUACGGAGUCACACUCAGCUCAUCACUGCUGCUCAGCUCCACACGCGACCUCGUCAUUGUCUUCAUCCUGUGUUUUCCUGUUGUCUUCUUUGCUGGACUCCUCCCUCAGGUCAACACUUUCCUCAUGUACCUGCUCGAGCAGAUCGACAUUCACAUGUUUGGAGGAAACGCAUGUACCAGUCUUCCCUCGUCCAUAUACAGUGUGGUGAGGAGUGUGGUUACCGUGGCGAUGCUGUAUGGAUUCUGCUACGGAUCUCUGCAGGAACCGUGGGACCCUCAGCACAUCCCGGUGCUGUUCUCUGUGUUCUGCGGUCUGCUUGUCGCCGUGUCCUAUCACCUCAGCCGCCAGAGCAGCGACCCCACCGUCCUCCUCUCUCUGAUUCAGGCAAAAGUUCUCCCGAGUGUGGCAAAGGAUCAAAACCCUGAAGAUCCACUUUCUGAGGUACAGGACCCUCUACCAGAGAAACUCAGGAACUCUGUGAAUGAGAGGCUGCAGUCUGAUGUGAUCAUGUGUGUACUCAUCGCUGUGCUCUACUUCGCUAUUCACGUCAGCACCGUCUUCCUCGCCCUGCAGCCGUUCCUGAGUUAUGUGCUGUAUGGGCUGGUGGGUGCUGUCGGCUUCUUCACACACUAUCUCCUGCCCCAGAUGAGGAAACAGCUGCCCUGGUACUGCUGUUCCCAUCCGCUGCUCAAAACCAGAGAGUAUUACCAGUUUGAAGUGCACGGUGCAGCUCAUGUGAUGUGGUUUGAGUGGCUCCACCUGUGGUUGCUCUUUGUGGAGAAGAAUGUUCUUUAUCCUCUCGUUAUUCUUAAUGAACUCAGCAGAAGCGCACAGGAACUCGCCAGCUCCAAGAAACUCACCACAGAGGUGGGAGCGGUGGUGUUGACAGUAUCGGGGUUGAAGUUGUUGCGUUCGUGCUUCAGCAGUCCGGCCUCUCAGUACAUCUCCGUGCUCUUCAGCGUCCUCUUCUUCACCUUCGACUAUCAGCACCUGUCUGAAACGCCACUGCUCAACCUCUUCAUCGUGUCCAUCAUCUUCAGCAAGUUGUGGGAGCUGCUGAAUAAACUACGCUUUGUUUACACCUACAUCGCUCCGUGGCAGAUCACCUGGGGUUCAGCCUUCCAUGCCUUCGCUCAGCCCUUCGCUGUACCACAUUCAGCCAUGUUGUUUGUGCAGGCAAUGGUGUCGGCCAUUUUCUCCACUCCGCUCAACCCGUUUUUGGGCAGUGCCAUUUUUAUCACAUCCUAUGUUCGACCUGUUAAAUUCUGGGAAAGAGAUUACAACACAAAGCGAGUGGAUCACUCCAAUACCAGACUGGCAUCUCAACUGGACAGGAAUCCAGGUUCAGAUGAUAACAACCUGAACUCGAUCUUCUACGAGCACCUGACCCGUUCCCUGCAGCACUCUCUGUGUGGGGAUCUGCUGCUGGGCCGCUGGGGGACCUUCAGCACCGGAGACUGUUUCAUCAUGGCCUCUGAUUACCUCAACGCCCUCGUCCAUCUCAUCGAGAUCGGCAACGGCCUCGUCACCUUCCAGCUCCGCGGCCUCGAGUUCAGAGGUACGUAUUGCCAGCAGAGGGAGGUAGAGGCCAUUACAGAGGGCGUGGAGGAGGACGAAGGCUGCUGCUGCUGUGAUGUGGGUCACCUGCCCCACCUGCUGUCCUUUAACGCUGCGUUUGUUCAGCGCUGGCUCGCCUGGGAGGUCCUGCUGUCCAAAUACACCUUACAGAGCUACAGCAUCACGGAGAACAGUGCCGGGGCCAUGCUGCAGGUCUACGAGCUCCGCCAGAUCCUCACCACCUACUACGUCAAGGGAAUAAUUUAUUAUGUAAUCGCGUCUCCGAAGCUGGAGGAGUGGCUGUCCAAUGACGCCAUGAUGGAAGGGCUGAAGAACUGUAGUGAGAGAAACUAUGUUGACCUUGAUCCGACCUUUAACCCCAACAUUGACGAGGACUACGACCACCGACUGGCAGGAAUCUCCAGAGACAGUUUCUGUUCUGUUUACCUCAGCUGGAUCCAGUACUGCAAUGCUCAGAGACAGAAGCCGUUGGAGAGUGAGAGAGACUCAGUGUUGGUGUCGUUGUGUUUUGGUCUGUGUGUGUUGGGGAGGAGAGCGCUCGGCACUGCAGCUCAUCACAUGUCCAGUAAUCUGGAGUCGUUCCUCUACGGCCUCCACGCUCUGUUUAAAGGAGAUUUCCGGAUCUCGUCUGUGAGGGAUGAGUGGAUUUUUGCCGAUAUGGAGCUGCUCAGGAGAGUCGUUGUCCCAGGAAUACGCAUGUCCCUCAAACUGCACCAGGAUCACUUCACAUCUCCGGAUGAGUAUGAUGACCCGUCAGUGCUGUAUGAGGCGAUCUCAUCUCACGAGCGGACACUAGUGAUCGCGCACGAGGGUGACCCGGCGUGGCGCAGCGCUGUGCUGUCCAACGCUCCAUCGCUUCUGUCACUACGGCACGUCCUCAACGAGGGAACCAAUGAGUACAAGAUCAUCACUCUGAACCGCAGAUACCUCAGCUUCAGAGUCAUCAAGGUCAAUCAGGAGUGUGUUCGUGGCUUGUGGGCGGGGCAGCAGCAGGAGCUGGUGUUCUUGCGGAACAGGAAUCCAGAGCGUGGAAGCAUCCAGAACGCCAAGCAGGCGCUGAGGAACAUGAUCAACUCGUCAUGUGACCAGCCGAUCGGUUAUCCCAUCUACGUCUCCCCCCUCACAACCUCCUACUGCAACACACACACACAGCUCUCACACACACUGGGCGGAGCCAUCAGCAUCGCCAGCAUCCGACACUUCAUCAUCAACACCUGGCACAGGUUGCGUAAAGGCUGUGGAGCAGGGUGUAACAGUGGAGGCAAUGUGGAGGAGUGUGACAUCGGGAACUCUGGGAACACAAACGACACACACCACAGAGUGACCAGCAUUCAGCACACACACACUCCUCACUCACUGGGAACCAGUCAGAGUUCUCAGUCUGUUCGUUCCUCUCUGGUGCGUCACUCUCCCACCCGUUCAUCUGUGGCGAGUCAGUCGUCCUCACUGCGUUACAACAGCAACGCGGAGCCGACUCUGUGCAAGCGACACACACUCACGCACGCGCACACACUCGCCGGCCUGCUCGACCAGCAUCAUCAUCACCAACAGCCCAGGAGAGAGGACAUCUCCUACCGAGUCCAGAUUGUGGAUGUAAAUCAGGUGUUGGAUGUGAUUAAUCUGUCGAAGCGUAAGGAGCUGCUGUGGCCUGAUGAGUCAAUGAGGUUGAGGGCGGGGCCAAGCUGCUGGAGAGACUGGGGCCCCCUGGAGGGCAUGGAGGGACAUGUGAUUCACCGGUGGAUGCCUUGCAGUCGUGACCCUCUCAGUCGCUCCCCCAUCGAAAAAUCCAUCCUGCUGGUUCAGGUGGAUGAUAAACUGGUUCCCAUUAUAGAGACUGGAGUGAUUGAACUGGGAGCAGAAGUGUAAACACACACACACACACACACACACACACACACACACAAUACAGGCUGGUGGCAAAGACACAGGAAGCCAGGAGCAGGUACUACCUUAGACAGGAACACUCACUCACACUCACAGGUUUCAAACACAGAUUCACUCCUCGUCCACCAGUGAAAGGAUGUUUUGGGGAAGUGUUCUCCUCUCUCUGGGUGUUUUCUGAUGCAGGUAAACACUGUACAGGAGAAAUUUCACUCCUUCAGUAACAGAGUGAGACACAUGACGGAAAAACACAGAAAUACUGACACCGAAUCUGAUUGUAGUGGCCUUUUAACAGUUUUCUGAUCUUCUCACCCGUUACAGAGACGUGUAUGACCCUGACACACGUGCAUGGCUGCUGUGUGUUUGCGUCUGUCAGCUUUCUUCAUGUGCCAUGAUACGAGUUUUUGGCCUAAACACGACUCCCUUUACAUCACACUUGGAGGUGACCUUUACUGACCUUCAUACCUUUUCACCACAAGAGGAACUUUUUUUUCCCCCUGCAUUUUUUAAACCCAGCUCACUGAUUCAGCCACACACACACACACCAUCCUGUCUCACAUCUCAUCAGGGACCUGGAGGAAUCGGAGUGUGUCUGAUUUAUCCAGAUCAGUGUGUGUGUGUGUGUCCAGUUCACCAAGAGUGUCUCUUCCUGUAGAUCUAGAGCAGUUAGAGUGGCAGUUGGUUCUUAUGGACUGAUUGUGCAUUUGACUCGGUCAUAAUAAGAGCUCGUAAGUUCCGACACGCCUCACCUCGGGGUUUCUGCUCCCCUCAACCCCGAGUUCAGGAAGUGACAUCAGAUCAACAUCAGCAUGGUCACUCAGAACAUCAGCGGUAACGUCCUACACCACAGCUCUUCUUCCCUUUAAACCAGUUUUACUGUCUACACACACCAGCUUUAGAUCCAUCAGCACACACACACACACGUUCAUGUAUUAAAUCUAGAACACUGACUCUACACUUCGCUGUUUUAAAGAGGAGAUUAUACAUCACUCAUUGCAGUUACCAAACAAACAAAACACACAUCCGUGGUUUUUCCUCUCACUCUGUAGCUCAAACACACAGACGUUGGAAAUGCCGUAAUUCCGAGCUCAGAAUUCCCGGGAUCAGAUGAACACAGCAUGAGAACAGAAUGUGUGUUCUUAUGGUUCUAGAGCACUGAGUGUUUGUUUGCUCUUGUUUAUCUGGAGCAGCUCUGUAAACGCUGACAUCAUGAGGGAUGUUUUUAUGACAGAAAACGUUCCGAAGGUACGAAAAUUAAUCUAACCUGUGACCUGUCGAGCGUGGUUUCUGUGUGUUUGCUAAUAACAGGUUACAAGUUUACAGUUGAGUUUAGCUUUGUUUUUUACACUGAGUGAAGCUGUUGAUGUUGAUGCACUAUCGCCACCUACAGGACAUGCAAAACAGUUGUGUGUUGUCUUUUGGUGGUUUAAAACACACACACACACAAAGGGAAUUAAUAAGAGUAUUUUCUGAAAUGUGUGUGUGUGUGUGGACGAGGUCUGGGUUCCACCGUCACUCUGCGUCACUCAGACAUGCUGCAUGACGGCUCACGCUGCAGUCACGCUUCAAGAUCUCUUUUUUUUUUUGAGCAGUGCCACAGCUUAUCAGUGACCCUUUCCUGUAAAUGAGUGUUUAUAACAAUCAUAAUUCACUCCCAGUGCUCUUUAAGCCCUUUUAUAAGCGUUCUUUUAUAAACUCAUUAUAAUGCCAAUGCACUGCGAAGCCCAGCAACACUCACAGGACAAACACUAAACUACAGUGUGCCUGUAGGGGGCGCCGAGGGGUGCUUUACAGAAAGCGUCAACAUCAUGGAAGAGACAAACGUCUGCUAUGUUAAUGCAACUCGUACAGCCAUGCAGCGUACAGAUGAUAUUCCUCUUCAUUUUUUAGGACAGAGUUUAGGCGAGUGUGUCUCACUCGGAGAUUAUUAUAUUUCUGAAAUACUUUAAAAAAAAUAAUGUGUGUAUCAGACAAGUGCUUAUUGGAGCUUAUAUUUUGGGGCUUUAUUUUGCGUAUAUAUUAUGUGUCACCACAUGUUUACAGAAGAUUAAGGACUUUUAUUACAGCGUUAUAGAGUUUACUAAGAUAUAAAGCAUUAUAAGCCGUUAUGUUGAUUUAUGAAUGUGCUUCAUAGAAAGUGUCAGAUUUCGUUUCAUUUCUAUGCAUUUUGCCAGGAAGUUGACUUUCUUAAACACACACCAUCAUGGACUUUAUAGAAAAAGAAAGUCACCAUUUGUUUCCCUCGUUUACAGCGACGCUUUACUUUUAUAAUUUUUUUGCCAAAUGUGUUCUCCACACAGCCAACAAGGUAAAAAGAUUUUACUGGGAGGAUCGUUUGUCUUAUAAAUGAUCGUUUAAAUAUGAUAUUUAGCUUCAGUCAACUGGGUUUUUUUAGCUUUUUUUAUUAAUGAUUCAUAAAUCAUGAUUCUUUUUUAAAUGAAUGAAGAAACGGUUCUAGCGAGUUGCACUAUGGAUUUUAUUGUAUGGCGUGUUGUUGAUUUCCUGCGACACGCCACAAUCUUCACUUCAUUUCACACCUUUUAUUUAUUAAACACGAUUCGACUCUUCAUGCCUUCUGGGGAAAAUGCAAUCAUCACGUCCUCUUUUAUUUUUCUGCUUUUAUCUUCAGAUGGUUUUUACUGAAUAUUAAUUGUAUAUAAAAUUAUUAUUAUUAUUAUUAUUAUUAGUGUAAAGAAGGGACUUGCUCUGAAUAUUUAUUACCGUGCUCAUACAUUUUGUUACCUUUUUCAUUUACAUGAUAUAAAAUUAAAGAUUAUUAAAUGUAUAAACUGACGGUGGGUUGAAACGGAGCCGAGCUUCUGAUGGACUCUUUCUCUGUUGAACUGAAAUUCUUUUAUAAGAUGGAAAAAAAAAUAAAUGAAUUUGAUUUAGCA